AAACAGCUAAGUUGACAAAGGAGCACAAUUCGUGCCCAUGGUAAUUCCAACAGACUGGUGGAAGACCUGAUCACCAAAGACCACGGGUAUCUUAUCAAUGAGGAACUCCAAUAUAUAUUUAAUUUCAACUUCAGGGUACUUGUGCAUGGAAUCAGAGUGAUGUUUAACAAAGAAGAAGCUUGUACAGAAUUCGGUACUGCAACCACUAAAAUUGGGAAAUAGACCGAGUGCAUGUCUUAUCGGUCAAAAUAUAAAAUGGAGCAUAGAUGAACGACUUUCCUCAGGCUGUGUAGCAUAUAAAGGAAAACAGGAAUUCAAAUAAUUGAACAUAAGGAUAUCCCAUGAAAGCUCAAAAACAUAUUUCCUAUGGAGUCUCCUGAUGCUGAUACACGGAUUUUGGCGCUAGUGGGGUCAACAUGUGGAAGGAAACCAGAGUACCCGGAGGAAACCCUCAUGUCCGAGCGGGUGACCACCACACCCUCUCACAAACAACCACUACCAAUCACGGAGAUCGAACUCGGGUCGUAGUGGUAUGUCGUACAGACAGUAUGGUCACGUGGUGGCUUCCUGUCCUCUCAAUGAGACAGAGUUUACUGCAGCAGCGACCAGAUUGAACUGUACCGUGGAUAAGUAUGGACGGAAUCGGUAUACAUGUGUUCCUAAGUUUGACUUGUCGGCAAUUGUAGAGUUCUGCUACAGGUACACCGUGGGAAUCUACCCUAAAGGUACUUGUCUAGGGACACUAUAUAAUGGAGAUUUGGACGCGCGCAGGUGUGGUCAGUUUACAGAGGGUUGUCCAGCCGACAGUUACAGGGGAACUGACCUGUAUAAAUUUCCAGCAUGCUCUCAAAUCAAUACAGAGCAGCGAUGUUUCUAUGCAGAUCCCGUUUGUCCUAACGAAACAGGACGUUUUACAAAUGAAGAUGGAACUAUUUCCAUAACAUCAACAACAUUGAUGAACGUCUUCAAUACAACAACGAAUACAUUGAGUACACUUACAACCCCUGUAGAACAGAGACCCGCCGAUGUAGGGGUGACCAUUGGAAUUGUACUGCCCGUCGUAUUUGUACUUUGCAUUUUACUAGCAAUCAUAGUCUGGAGCUGGAGACGAAGGAGAAGACGAAGGAGGAUACGAAGGAGAAUAUAUUCGCGUGUACCCGGCGAAGAUCUGGAGUUGUCUGAUUGGGAAAGGCGUUAUCUUGGCGACUACAGCACAUGGAAAACACCUAUUUCAGACCAGUUCUCCCUGUCUCAUGACGAGAUGUCCGUGUUAUUCUGUUUUCUGUGCUCUGACUACGGUACCCCCGACUUUACUGAUACAGACCGUCUCGACAUUCUUAAUAUGAUACGAGAGGUGAUGUACAGUAAGGACCAAAUAACAAGUGAGGAGGAACAACGGACUCUGGACGGACUGAAGUCACGUGGAUUUCUUCGGCAUCAGGACAGAGUACACAUCACUGAGGACGCCGAGGACGAGACUAUGUACUGUAUUACAGAACGUAGUAUAGUGAUCAGGGCUACACUGUACCCCUUGUAUCGUUUCUCCAGUUAUACUACAGCAGUGAGGUAUCUGAGAUCACGUGGAUACACCAGGAAGCCUGGAGAGAAAUGUGUCAUUAGUGAGAACUCGGGCUGUGAUUCCUUACUCAUACGCCGUCUACAGAUGAACACACUGACCCACGUCACCAUGGAGGACACGACUAUCUGUGAUGAAGUGUCACAGUUCUUGAACAUCCCUCUAAGUAAAAUACGCAUGAGUGAUGAUAAACGAGGGGCGUUUUUAGAGGAUUUACAGCAGACUGGGGAGUGUGUACAAAAUAGAGGCGGAUCACGGGGCAGUGUACAACACGUCAAGUGGCUAUGGAGAGACUGGCAAAACGCGAGACCUGACAUCGUGAGAUCCUGUGUAGGUCUCCACCCACACUGUGAUAUUUACAUCAUCAACAACACGGCUUACAGAAAACACAGUCAGCACCACGACCGUCCUCCAGCUGAACGUUGUCUCCUGUACUGUCUUCUGAUGGUGGAACACUACACCGUCAAGGUCAAGGACGAAUCUCACAUCAAUAUGUACAAUGCGAUCAGAGAACGAUACUUUACAGAACUACCUGUUUGUGAUGAAAUUACAACAACUAACCAUCUCGAGGAAAUCAUUUAUAUAGAAAACUACGUGUUCAAGUUUAAAUCAGACGACAUCCGACAUGACGUCAUGUACGCGUUCGUUACGGAUUGUCUGGUGGAGGAAAGUGAUCUGAAGUUUUUCCUGACUACUGCGUCACAUCAGGUGGUAUCAGAAUACUGCCGGUCGUGGAAUUAUGAGAGGAGUGAGGGAGAGAGAUGUUUGUAUAUACCUUAUGAGAAGUGCGAACUGUUCAUAGACAAACUACAGCUGGACAUCCUCACACACUGUACCAUGUCAGACAGGAGGAUCAUUCAUAACAGUAUCAGUGGAUGUUUGGGAGUCCCUAAGGAAAUAUUAGACUGGGACCAAGAGGCCAGAGAGCGGUACGUGGAGUACACCAAGAGAGGAACACAGACGGUCCACCACGCCAGGGGGAUGAUCGUGGGAUGUGCCGGGGCCGGUAAGACCACGCUACUGAAGCGUCUGCUCGGGUGUAGUAAAGCAGAAAUACUGGAUGUGACGUCAACGAAAGGACUGGAGGUCCACGAGGAAAUAUUUGAAAUUUGUAAUGGCCAACUAAAAGUCAAAAAAACACAACAGAACGGGGCUACAGCAAUGGAAGAUACUGUUGGUAAGAAGACAUUGAGUGUCUUUGACUUUGGAGGACAAUGUGUGUACUACGCCUGUCAUCAGAUUUACUUGACCAGAAGAGCUUUCUAUAUGGUGGUAGUAGACGCCUCUAAACAUCUGGACCAGGUGGUAGAUGCUGAAGUGUGUGACCAGGACGGCACCGUCUUUUCUGGAUGGAAAUACGAAGAUUACUUUGUUUUCUGGAUAAAGUCUAUACAUACCUACUGUUCGAUGGAAAACAAAGGUAAACCAGACCCGGAAGUCAUCAUUGUGGCGACUCACUGGGACAAAAAUGUUUAUCAGGAUAACAACGAAAGUCUGAUAAGAAGUUUGCAAGGUGUAUUUCCGAGCAAUUCUACCCUUGGGGCGAAAUACAUCACAAAGAAAAAAUGUUUCGUCACACAGAUUAAGCACGGAUCUCCAUUAGAAGCUUUGUCCGGUCUAGAGAAACAUAUUGUUGAUGUUGUCUGUCAACAAAGAUGGGUUGAAGAAAUUCCAAAAGAAUGGGCCUUCAUGGAAGGUGAAAUUGCACAGAAGAAAUCCAAGCAAAGGAUUGAAGAUGUCGACGAUAUUAAAGAGAAAUUGCCAGGAGAAAAAGCGGUGUAUGAUAUGCUGAGAUAUUAUCAUGAUGCUGGAAAAGUUCUAUACUUUAAUGAGGAAAGUUUGCAUGAGUUGGUUAUUUUGGAUGUACAGUGGUUUGUCGAUGCAUUUAAGAACAUAAUCACUGACAAACUACACAUGGAGGGAGUUGAGGAAACUAUGGAUGAUUGGAAUGAGUACUACAAGACUGGGCACCUCAAAGAUAGUCUUCUUACAAAGAUCUGGAGCAAGAAAGACCUGGAUCUACACAAAGAAUUAGUGGCAAAAGGCAGGACAGCUAUUGCGGAUGAUGUAUCAGAGGACCCACAGUAUCUGCUUCCUCACAAAGACGAGAUGAUGAGGUUUAUGAACAAACUGGGAUUAGUAGCUAGUACGGUGGAAUUUCGUUACGUCCCAUGUAUGAAUCGGGAAGAGUUUACCACCGAACAGGCCGACUGCAUUCUGGGAUCAGUGAAGAAAUCUUCCGUUCUUCUUUUUCAGUUUGAUUUUUUGCCUUAUUUCCUGUUCUAUCAGCUAGUUGUUUCAUGUAUGCAGAUGAAGAAUUGGGCAGUGCUAAGUAAUGAAAAACCAUGUCUUUACAGAAAUGCGGCUUUCUUUUCUUCCACUUGUCAUCACAUAAUAAUCCUGGUUACGAAAACAGCGAUUCAACUUCAGAUAUAUCAACCACAACCACGUCGUGAUUUGGAUACAAAGAAAACUCAAGGUAUCCAGUGUGUCAUAGAGGAAGAACUGGAUAGAAUUACAUCCUCAUAUAACAGGACAAUGAAGUUUGUUCGCGGGUUUAUUUGUAAAAAUGGAAAUUAUUUAUCCCACACCAUGAACGUUACAGGGAAUUUCAUUCCUGAAUCAAAGAUUGGAAUAGGUAAAAAGAUCAUCUGCCCUUUACAUCAACAAAAGGAUUGCCAUUUUAUCAACACGAGGGAAUUGACAAAGUACUGGAAAACACAGAAAAACAAUUAACAGUUAAUGUCAGUAACAAUUUGACUCUAUAGAACUUGUGGCUUGUGAUUGAGGGUUUAUGAGACAUCGUUAUGAAAAAUAUGGCACUUUUUCCUUCCUCCAGUCAUCACAAUCCAGCUUUACGUAUAUCAUCCAAUGCCUGACGGGAUUUUGGAAGCAACGAAAAUCCAUAAUAUUCAAGGGAUAAUGAAGGAGAAACUGAAUUGUAUUACAUCAUCGUGUCGUAGGGAAAUGGAAUUUGUUGGAAGGUUUAUUUGCAAAACUGGAAACGAUGUAUCUAACCUUAUAAUCUUUAUGGGAUAUUUCAUUUCAAAAUACAGGUUUGCGCAAUUUGCCCUUUGCAAUAAUUCACAAACUUUUAUUCAUUCAUUGAGACGAACGAAAUGAUAAAAGAAUGGGAAGUGCUGAGUAAAGAACAGUUGAUUGAGGCGAGAUCAAAAGAUUGAUGUCGUAUAAAAAUCUAAAUUCAAAUAGUUAAGUUUCUAUCAUCCGACAUCCUUACACUUUAGUGACUGUUGGAAACCACAUAAUAACAUUACAUUUUAAUGAACAUUUAAUAGUUUUAAUGUACACUUUCAUUUGUGAACAAACGCUAGAAAAUUCAAACAGAGUUAUUUAUAUUGGUACCUUUUUAUUUAUUAAUCAAUUAAUUUCAACAUUCAUCUUAUUUAGCUUUAAGGGGGUUGGGGACUUGAUGAAAACUAUGUGAAUUUAGGUGUUUUUUUUUUUGUUUUUUUUGUUAGACAUUGGACUUUUCAUCUGGCCCCUAAUUUCCCUUCAAUGAAUCUAUGCUGUGUGAGGGACGGUUUGGGUUUCAUCGAUGUACAACAUUGUUAAAAUAAAAAUCAGUGUACUGUU